UGGGGUCUUGUCCAGAUGCACGACGGGGGCGAUGACGUCACAACACUAGCGGUCCUGGACGCUGCUCUGUCAGGAAUUUUGUACUAUGUCUUUGUCAGUUUGUUCUCACAAAUUUAGCAUUACGGCUCCACUUAGGGUAGAAGUGAAACAGUAAGGCUGACAUGAUGAUGUCCCUUCCGCAAUGGAAGCAGGUUUUGGUGGAACAGCGGCAAAGAAAGGCUGCGGAAGAGAGGCGACGGCAAGCCGAACAAGAAGCCCGGCUGAACCGGAUGCCUGCCUGGAAGAGGGAUAUCUUGGUCAGGAAAAGGCAGUCUCGAAGUGACCCAAAGACCUCUUCUACCGAUUCCAUUGACCACAACGUGAUCCAGAAUGAAGAUACCGGUCCAGCAAGGGGUACAGGUGUGUUUGAGCAGAAUGGUGAGUCGUCGCUAGGGGAGGGCGGGCCGCCUGACACCUGCCGCACUCCCGACGUUUGGAACGAACAGGGUGUGUCAGAGGAAAAAAUCGUCUCAGUACAUGAGAAUAUCUUCGUUAAGUGGCAAGCAAGGAACCGCUCACCUCCAUAUGACAGGAACGACACUCUAGCACACAGUGGACAACACAAGUCACACAGUCCAAGGGGGGUGGGAAUCCCUAACAACGUAAUUAUCAUAGAAAAAUAUGGCGGAUCUGGCAAUGAUCUCCAAGCAGAUGUUGGAAAGGAGAGUGUACAAGGGCUGGCACCCACUGGAUUGGAGAGACCUGGAACUCAGACUCUGUUUUCCUUCCUUCGAGAUGCCAAGCCCGAACGGGAAGUGAUCAUUAUCGAGAAAGAUGAUACAGAAGACAAAUCAGUGCCCUGCUCCUUGAGCGGAAAGGUCAACAGACUGAGGGGAAAGUUCGGUGAUGAACCACGGGAAAGGAAAGAAGUGCUCAGUGCCACCAGAACAAAAGUACCAGAAACUGUGAAAUCCAGCACACGUCAGGGGAGAGGGAGUCAACGUAAAGGCCAAAAGUCCACUCUGUCUGCAGCAGGAAGCAUGGACAGUCUGCUGGAUGUUGUGCAGCAGCCAAAUCAGGCUCAAAAGAAGAAAAACGAAUUUCACUAUUCAAGCUGUGAAAACCUGAGUGAGCUGGAUACACUUUUCAUUCAGAAGUCUGGAAGUGAUGAUAGCGUCACUGUGGACACAUCACCAAACAUCAGACCAAGAUCAUUGUCACAGUCCAAAAUGCAUGAAACCACAGAACAAACAGGGAAAAAGACAGAGAGAGUCAAGGUAGAAAGUUCUCAGCCAACAUCACAGCAAAGCACAAGAGAAUCACCCAAGGAUCAGACCACAAAAUACAAUGACACAAGCAGCAAGCCAUCAAUGAGGGUGAAACCUGUCAGUGUCACAAGGAAUGCACCUGUUGGAGGGAACCAUGUCCGCUUGUCUGGACAAAGUCACACUGCCAAAGUUAAUAGGCAUGAGUUAAAGAAGAAAACCUCAUUAGGCAAUGAACCAGGCUCAACUAGAAAGGAAUCUGACAUUCUUGUGCACAGCAAAAAUGCUCCAGAAGAAGGGAUACAAAUCAUCCCAACGACGGCAAACUCCAGUGCUAAGCUUACUGCAGCUCAGAAUGACCCUGUGGCUGCUGCUAUAGCCAGUAUCAAAGCACAGUCCAAAAAUACAUUCAUAGUGCAGCCAACCAGGCCUGCAGGGAAGCAUGUCGAGAUGAAGAACCAGCACAGAAAGGAAAAGGAGCCCUCCCACCUCAAAGACCGUGGAGCAAAAGAAGAUGACAAGAGUCCAGGUUUACCUCUUCCUCUUCAGCCAAACAAGAAACAAGACUCAAGGAAAAAUGACAUUGUAGGGCAAAGCAAUGAUACAUCGUUUGUCAUCAGGCCGCUUACUCAACGUCUGAAAGAAAAUCCCAGUGAGUAUCAGUCAGCAACAGUGAGAAAGGCCACAGAGAAACAAUUCAGCACCAAGGAACAGAAAAGCAACAUCACACCAUCUAGUACCAGCAGUAGUACUGGUCCUACAACCACUCCUGUUCUCCAGCAAAGGGAUGCACCUGAGUCAAACCAACAUGCAAACAGAACCUUUUUGCCGCAGGAAAGUACGGAUGCUCAAACAGAAAACAAAAAAACACAUCUCGGACGGAAAAAGGCGCCAGCACCACAACCACCGUCUGUAGCCAGCGUCAACGGGCAGGGAACAGCGAGACAGCAGGCUGGACAGCUGAAACCUGGGGCACAGGACAGGGAAGAGCUGCCCACUACCAACAUUGAUGACGUGGAGAUAUCAGCAAAGAUUCAGGACAACAACAACAGCAUCCGACCAGGAAAGACAGGUGACCAAACUCAGGCCACAACAAUGCAAUCUUCACCAGCAGGAUCAGAGCUGGGAAGGACUGCCAGCCCUCCAUCUCUGGAUGUGUCACCCAUCGCUCCACCUCGGCACAAAGCCACUGUGAGGAAGCUGACUGUAGCUGACUAUGUUGUCAUUGGAGGAUAUGAAAAACUCAGCAAGUCAUCUAUAUCUAAGGGAGAGAGCAAGAAGCUGAAGAUCUCCUUUAAUGACUCGCCAACUACCUUUGAGUACCCAUCGGAGCAGUCUUUGCUGGAGGAGGAUGACAGAGAGAGUGUCCAGGCUCCUACAGGACUUCGUACUACCCCCAGUCUGACCACUUCAACAGGGGACAAGGUGCUUUCAGGUGGCCUGCACUCAUAUCAGCCAAGUCAAGUGACAUCCAACAUAGUGGCUGGUCAGCAGCGUGCAGUGGCCAGUACAGUACCAGAGGACAGUCAGGCCGCAUCUGAAGGACAUCCUGUGGAAAUCUUUGCUGUGAAACCCUUAGCAGACAGUGAAGCUCCCAUGUGGAGCAGUAGUUCAUCUAUGGCAAGACAACUGAGGAAAAUGGAUGGAAGUGCAAACUGUGAAGUGACCGUCGGUUCGGGCGUGGACGAUGUACGGAGCAUGACAUGGUUCGACCCAUGGGAUCGCAAAGGGACGGUGACAAGCCCGGCAGAGCAGCAGGCGGCGGAAGACGUUCCCGUGCUGCAGCUGACCAACUUCGCCGUGACUCCGCGGAUUGGAUUCGGCCUUGUUCGCGUCGGCGAAACCCAGACAAGAAAACUACUUCUUCAUAACCCUGAGCAGUUUCCUGUCACAGUAGCGGUGGAAAAAGUUCCACGAGCAAAAGGUUUUUCUGUUGACUUUGGUGAAGUUGAGGUGCAGGCUGGAGAGGAUACUGUUGUGUCAGUGCAGUGGACUCCAGGAGAGGCAUGUAACUCCCGGGCACUGCUGGUCCUGAAACUGGACGAUGCGUACCGCCUGCAUGUCAUCCUGUAUGGGAGGGCUGUGGUGCCAGUGGCGGGGAAACAAAAGCGUGCCAAGAAGAGGACCCGUCCAAGGGAAGCAGUCAAACAGGGGAGUGUUCCUGAUGUGUCAGGUUCAGACAGGAAAAGUCGUGCUGUUUCUGACACAGAGGCUGAAAAUACCCCUCCUGUGUCAUCACAUCAGCCUAACAUUUGUGAUAGUCCACAAAUAAAGCUUGGAUCUAGUGAAAAGUUGAAACUAGCCAAGAACAUUGUUAACCGAUCGGGCAAAACACACCAAGAUAGGCAUGUGAUCAACAACUGCAGUACAGAUGCCACAGCCACUGUUCCACCUGGUACCACAGUCACUGUUCCAGGUACCACAGCCACUGUUCCACCUGGUACCACAGCCACUGUUCCAGGUACCACAGCCACUGUUCCAGGUACCACAGCCACUGUUCCAGGUACCACAGCCACUGUUCCAGGUACCACAGCCACUGUUCCAGGUACCACAGUCACUGUUCCAGGUACCACAGCCACUGUUCCAGGUACCACAGCCACUGUUCCAGGUACCACAGCCACUGUUCCAGGUACCACAGCCACUGUUCCAGAUCCGGCAAAUUCUUCAUCUGUUCAGAAGACCAAGAGGAUUCUGCAGCCAUCAACUGUCACUAAAAGAAAGCAAAACUUCGGAAAGUCGUCAGAUGGUGUACGUAUCAAAGCAGCCAAGAAAGAACUUUUUGGCACUUCCACGUCCCUUUCUGCCCAGCUGCAGCAUCAGGCUGUACCUCAACAGCCAUCAAAUGUUCACGCUGGCCCAUCUGCCUGUAAUCUUGUCAAAUCAGACAAGAAUAGUCAUAGUCAAGACAUGCCCAUGGGUCCUGGGAGUGGCAAGCCGUUUGUGUUCAGAAGUGCUGUUAGCAAGAACAAAGGGACGCCAGCAAAUAGUGUUCCACAGAAAGUGUCAAUGAAGAAAGGUGUUGCACAGACCAAGAAGUCACAACCAGUGAAAGCCAGGUCAACACAAGGUGAAACUUCUGGUGGAACAGCUCGCUGCCAGCCCAAAGUUGCCAAGUCCAAACUCUGCCUCGUCAAGACCUCUAACAAGCAGCAGUCAGUACCAGCUCUCCACUACAUGCCAUAUGUAUCAAAGAACAUGUACUAUGAUGAGCGUUGGAUGCAGAAGCAAGAGCGAGCAUUCAUACAGUGGCUGAACUUCAUCCUCAUCCCAAACACUAUGGAAUCCCAGCUGUGUCAGAAUGUGACAGUUCCAGGUAGGAUGCCUGCUGUGUCAGUUGACCAGCAGCUGCGUAUGCGUGAGUAUGCUGUACUCUGUAACCUGAACAGCGUGCGGCGUGCUGCGUGUUUGCUGUUCCAGUCGGAGCCCGUGGCCCGUGUGUUACAGCGGGUUGAGGAAGAAGUGGAGACGGGCAGACUACGGGUCCGUGAUGACAGACAUCUUCAUGCUGACCAAGGAAUUCGUCAACAAAUACUGGACAUGCUUCUCUCCUACAAUCCAGUAUGGCUGAGGGUAGGACUUGAGACCAUAUUUGGAGAGGUUCUACCACUGCAGCAUUACGGGGAUGUGGCUGGGCUGUCCAGGUUUGUCCUGAAUCGGGUCCUCGGCAAUCCAGACAUUGCCCAACAGUUCAGCCAUCCAACUGUUCCUCAUAUGUACAAAACAGGCUAUGCUGCAGCCCUCGCAAAGUUCACACUCAAGAAAUUCUUGACUCUAGUGUUCUUCAUGGACACAGCCAAGCUCACUCGUCUGAUAGAUCAUGAUCCAUGCCUGUUCUGCAUCAAUGCCAACAUCAAGAGCAACAAGGAACUGUUACUGAGCUUCUCACGAGAGUACCUGAGUGGGGAGGGGGAUGUGACCCGCCACCUGAGUUUCCUGGGCCUGACUGUAACACAUCAGCAGACUGCCCUGAUGGAAAUGGACUACACUGUUCACAACCUGGCCACAGAUCUUAGGGAUGGACUGCGACUUAUCCGUGCUGUAGAGCUUCUGACAAGAAACUGGACUCUGUCCUCCAAGUUGCGAGCCCCUGCUGUCAGCAGACUGCAGAAAAUCCACAACACAAAAGUUGCUCUUGAUGCUCUUCAGCAAGCUGGAGUGGCAUUGGAUGCAGGACUCCAAGGAAAGAAGAUUGAGGCGAGGGAUAUUGUGGAUGGUCGCCAGGAGAAGACUUUGGCACUGCUGUGGAAAUUGAUCUUUCACUUUCAGGUUUGUAUGGAAGUGGAGCACCUGCAGCUGCAGAAGGAGGUGACUUUAUUAAGGAGAGAGCUGCAGCUGCGGAGAGGAACAGACGUGUGGCUGGAGAUGUACGGACCAACACCUGGCUCUGCAGGCACUACUGACCACACAGGGCUACUGCUGCAGUUGUGUCAGGCAGUUUGUGCUUUCUACAACAUCAGGGUUGACAACUUCUCGGUGUCCUUCUCUGAUGGAAGAGUCCUGUGUCUUUUGGUUCAUCACUACCUGCCCGAACUCUUACCUCUGGAGGAGAUCUACAUGGACACCACACAGUCAUACAUCACUAACCACCGGCAGGCUGGCACAGGGACAGGAGAGGGUCCAGAAACUGAUAAAGACAGGUUGAAGGAGUUACUAGCCCAUGAGAAGAACAACUUCCGGCUUGUCAACCAGAAGGUUCUGGAGCUGGGAACAAUUCCACCUUUGCUGUGUGUAGCAGACAUGUCGAACACAAUACCUGAUGAGAAGGUUGUCAUGACAGCAGUGUCCUACCUUUGUGCACGUAUCAUAAACUUGAGUCAGAAAGUUCGUGCUGUCCGUACAAUUCAAGCUGCAUGGCGCAAAUACCACCCAAAGCCUGCUGUCAGGGAAUGGACAGAAAGUGUAAAAAGGGCCACCAUACGACUACAGGCUGCUGUCCGUGGGACACUUGUUCGCAGAUCGCUCCAAAGACAGCACAAAUCAGCCACCACCAUCCAGACUGCUGUUAGAGGAUGGACAGCAAGGCAGCACUACUUGAAACAGCACAAGGGAGCUAUCAUCCUGCAGCAGCACGUCAGAGCUCAUCUUGCACGUAAGCAGGCCCAGGCAAGAUAUCAGCAUGUACGCAGGGCCACCAUACGUCUACAGGCUGCUGUCCGUGGUAUGCACAUCCGACGAAGGCAAAAGCAGAUGCAGAUGGCUGCUACUAGAAUCCAAGCCUGUUGGAGGGGGCAUCAGCAGUCAGUCAAAUACAAGGCUAUCAAAUUAGCUGCAACCAUAAUCCAGCAGCACUUCAAGUCCUUCAAGGUGAUGCAAGAGAAGCAGCACAUGUACAGGUCUUUGAGAUCAGCAACAAUACGUCUACAGGCUGCGGUUCGUGGGAUGCUUCUCCGCAAGUUGCUCCAAAGACAGCACAAAUCAGCCACUACAAUCCAGACUGCUGUUAGAGGAUGGACAGCAAGGCAGCAGUACUUGAAACAGCGCCAGGCAGCUAUCAUGCUGCAAGAUCAUGUCAGAGCUCAUCUUGCACGUAAACAUGCCCAGGCAAGAUAUCAGCAUGUACGCAGGGCCACCAUACGUCUACAGGCUGCUGUCCGUGGGACACUUGUUCGCAGAUCACUCCAAAGACAGCACAAAUCAGCCACCACCAUCCAGACUGCUGUUAGAGGAUGGACAGCAAGGCAGCAGUUCUUGAAACAGCGCCAGGCAGCUAUCAUCCUGCAGCAGCACGUCAGAGCUCAUCUUGCACGUAAGCAGGCCCAGGCAAGAUAUCAGCAUGUACGCAGGGCCACCAUACGUCUACAGGCUGCUGUCCGUGGGACACUUGUUCGCAGAUCACUCCAAAGACAGCACAAAUCAGCCACCACCAUCCAGACUGCUGUUAGAGGAUGGACAGCAAGGCAGCAGUACUUGAAACAGCGCCAGGCAGCUAUCAUGCUGCAAGAUCAUGUCAGAGCGCAUCUUGCACGUAAACAUGCCCAGGCAAGGUAUCAGCAUGUACGCAGGGCCACCAUACGUCUACAGGCUGCUGUCCGUGGUACGCACGUCCGACGAAGGCAAAAGCAGAUGCAGAUUGCCACUACUAGAAUCCAAGCCUGUUGGAGGGGGCAUCAGCAGUCAGUCAAAUACAAGGCUAUCAAAUUAGCUGCAACCAUAAUCCAGCAGCACUUCAAAUCCUUCAAGGUGAUGCAAGAAAAGCAGCACAAGUACAGGUCUUUGAGAUCAGCGACCAAACAGCUACAAGCUGCAGUACGUGGGAUGCUUGUUCGCAAGAUGCUCCAAAGACAGCACAAAUCAGCCACCAUUAUCCAGACUGCUGUCAGAGGAUGGACAGCAAGGCAGCAGUACUUGAAACAGCGCCAGGCAGCUAUCAUCUUACAGCAGCAUGUCAGAGCUCAUCUUGCACGUAAGCAUGCCCAGGCAAGAUAUCAGCAUGUACGCAGGGCCACCAUACAACUACAGGCUGGAAUCAGAGGUUUCCUCGCUAGACAGCAACUUAUCAAAUGGACCCAUGCUUCCACAGUCAUCCAGGCUUCAUUCAGAUGUUUCCUGCAGAGAAGACAUUACCUCAGCACGAGGGCAGCAGUGUGUCGUCUGCAGGCCGGCUUUAGAGGAUGGACCGCUCGAAGGACUUUUCAACAGGUCAAGUUACAACAUCGGGCUGCUGUUGUCAUUCAGAGCACUUACAGGGGCUUUGCAGCACGUAGGUUUUUACAGCAAUGGAGAGCUGAGCAACAGAGACGACUUCUACACUUCAGCACAGCUGCCUACUAUCACCUGGCAGCAAUGAGGCUACAGCGGGCUUACCGACGGUAUCUGGUCUGGCAGAAAGCAAAACAGCAGCUUAAAGCUCUGAUUAUCAUACAGGCAUCUAUAAGGGCUUGGCUUCAGCGGAAGCAUUUUCUGCAGCUUCGAAGGGUUGUCUGUAAGCUGCAGGCAGCAGUGCGCUGCCAUCAGAAGCAGCGUCUGACUGCAGCAGUGGUUUUGCAGUCAUAUGUCAGGAUGUACCUGGCUAAGAAACGUGCGAUCCGAAGGAGGAAAGCAGUGAUUGCCUUGCAGGCAACAUGGCGAGGUUACCAUACAAGGAAGAACAUAAAGAACAAGCGCAUCAGAAUUGCUCAUCAAAAAAUCAUGGCAGCUAAGAGAGCAGCUACAGAGGAUAAGAAGUUAUGCAACAUGACUGCAACUGCCCUGAAUCUUCUCCUGAAGUAUAAACAUCUGUCCACCAUACUUGAUGCCCUCAGGAGCUUGGAGGUGGUGACACGGUUAUCCUCUGUCUGCUGUGACCGGUUAGUGCAGGGAGGAGCCGUGCAGGUCAUCUACACUUUGAUUCAGAGCUGUAACCGCAGUUUGCCUUGCCAGGAAAUUAUCAAAUAUUCCAUCAGCAUCCUGCUAAACCUUGCUAAGAACCCAGACACUGUAGCUGCUGCUGUGGUGCAGGAGGGAGGAGUGGAGACACUGGUCAGCCUCAUGGCUAUCUACAGGGAGAAGGAUGAUGUCAUCUUUGGACAAACAUGUUUACUUCUGACAUUGUUCUGUAACAAUGCAGCCUACCAAAAGGAAGUUUUGAACUUACCAUCGGUGACUCAGAAGCUGCAGAGUUUGUACCGCCUGGUAAAGAGGAAGACUUCCAUGAGCAGAAGCAAACAGAGAACAGGAAGUCAGGAGGACAGAAGAAAGAGUCCGACUCCCCUGGUCCAGAUGGUCCACCAGAUCAAGCCAGCUUGGAUCCUAGGGAAAGACAACAUGCUUGAUGUUCCUGAACCACUGCAGGCUAUUCAGCUUGUAUUAGAGACAUUAGGUCUGCAAGGGUUCAUAGUGUAGUUUUUCAUACAGGUACAUGUAAUGUACCGUUAGGGACUGUAAUCAUAUAACUUUGGAGGGUAGAUUUUCAUGUAGUUUCUUAAACUUUUUAUAAGACUAGUAAUCAUAUCAAGGUUUCCAAACACAAUUUGUAGUGUGUUCAAUGGAAACACAUUUCAGAUGCACUUGUGAAUGUAAAAGAACUACGUAACCAGCUGUUUGAGUGUUUCUUUACUGUCAGUGUGAUUACUGGUAAUCUAUGUUUGGUUUGUUUGUCAACAUGGGAUCCACCCCAUCCCCAAUCACUGGUGAAUUUUGUUUGCUUGAGCCUUGGUUUUUUCAUGAAGUACUUAGACCAGCCUGCUGGCUGCUUUUCACUAAGAUCAUGUUUUAAUUUUUAAUUUUAGGUUUUAUUUUUACUAUGUAAAUACAUUGAUUGUGUAAAAACUCUUUGCCCAUUAUGAGAAGAGGGUUGGUACCAGAGUACCCCCUGAAAAAGUCUGCUUCAGACCAUACAUACAGUGCUGAAGACAUUAGGGAAGAAAUUACAGUCCAUAUAGAUUUUUCAAACAUACCGAUGGUACAAAAUGUAGUUCUUCACAGGUUAUAUGUUUGUCUUUUGUACAUUGAUGGCAUCUUUAUAUCCAUUUCCCUGUAGAGUGGUAGCCUUGUGCUGCUUGUAUUGCUGUGAUAAGAAUCUCUCCUGAUGGAGGUUGUACCACUUUGUCAUCCUUUAUUGACAUACAACAAAAGUAAGGAUUUUGUACAGGGAAAAAUCAACUUUUUGGUACACAUGUAAGUUCAUGUAUUCACAUUGUUUCCCAUAUUAGUCUACACUUGUAACAAAUGUAACACCAAACUCAGAAUUGAUUGUGUUAGAUGUUACUCUGACCUGAUUUGAUACAAGAACACACAUUAGGUCACAAUAUAGUGUCACUACUGCUGUUGUACAUAAUAUACUAUAUUCCUCUUCCAUUAAGACAGUAGCUGUAGUUCUUCCUUGUUUUGUUUGUGAUUCUGAAAAAAGUUUUCUGCUGGUGUUUGAAAUACAUGGACCUUGUAUCCAUAAAUCAACUUAAUAAAGUUGAUGUAA